AUGUAUAUACUUGUGGUGUUCAACAUAUUAUCAACCGUGAGCAGCCAAGACCUCCAAAUAUUCCCAGACAUAUCUGAUCUCUUCGAAACAUUUAACCAAUCUUCCAAUAUUGCCCCACAAGGAGACAUUAUAAUAAAAAAUAUUACGAUCGAUGUUGAAAAGAUCGACAUUGAAAAGCUAAAAAAGAAAUUAAAUAUGAGUGUGAAAAUUGAUUUUCCAAGAAUGAACGAUACCAGGAGAUUAGGCUGGCACGGUGGUUAUUACGAAUGGCAGGAAGCCUCUCAGUACGAGGUGAAGCUGAAGGUUUUAGACCUUAUGUUGCAAUUCAUCUACAUGGCUAGACAUAAAGUGAAACGCCUAGAAGCUGAGCGGUAUUUUAACCCUAAAGAUACUUCGUAUCGUAUCGCAUUUCUUUACAGACGUCUGAUACGUAUUUUUAAGAGGAUGAACGAUAUAUAUAGCACCAUGUGCAAGAUUAAAGAAAGAAAAUCACUUAACAUGGAACAUCAACUAUUCCUGCAUCACAAGUCUGCGAAACUCCAUGUAGACUUCCUCUACCUUUGGUGGGUGCUUGUGAAGUUACACGAGAAAUAUUCUCUAGCUCAUGGGAUACCUAAUGUUGUACCUGACAAAUAUAUGCCAUAA